AUGGGGGGGCGGGGGUGGGUGGGGCAGGUUUGUGAGGGGGGGGGGGGGGCCGGGGGGGGCGGGGAGGGUGGGGGGGGGUAUGUGGGUGGCGGCGGCGUGGGGGGGGUGGGCCCUGGGGGGGGGGGGGGGGGGGGGGGUGGGGCAGGGGAGGGGGGAGGGGGGGGGGCAGGAGGGGGGGGGGAGGGGGGGUGGGGGAGGGGGGGGUGGGGGGUGAGGUGGGCAGGGGGGGGUCGUGGCGGGGGGGCCGGGGGGGGGGGUGCGGUAGUUUAA